AGAGGCUAAGGCUUGGACUCAUCUCGUGUUGUCAUUUGCUUUCUGUUGCUAGAUGGCUGUCCCCCGUCAAGUCACUCAAUUUAUCGAGAAAACAUACCCUAGACCCCGUGUUGAUCCGGAAUGGCUUCAAGCAUGCUACAACUGGGUACUCGAAGACAAGCAACUCAGUCCCACGACAGAUAUGCAACAGAUACUGAAACACGUUGAGGAACAGCUUUUGUGCUCCAAUUUGCAAGACUCCAUGCUCCAAGGAACUGGAUUACCCCCCGACAUCGCGAAUCCCGACACCCAACACACUAUCGUUGCUGGACCUGUACUAGUGGAGAUUGUGUCAAUCACCGACAUCGGCGUCAGCGCGUACAACUUGAAUAAAAUCAGAAUCACGCGAGAAGAACGAAUAGCUGCCGGGGAACAAGAAGUUGGCGAGGGCGACGUGGAAGUGGAAGGAGAAGGCCCCAUACCUGCUUAUACGAGGUCUAUGCUCCGAAUGGAAAUUAGCGAUGGAACGACAAUCCUAAGAUCCAUGGAAUACAGACCUCUUAAAGACGUCACGCUUGGUGAGACGCCUCUGGGAUGCAAACUACUAUUGACACAAUUUCAUAUGCGCCGAGGCGUCGCCUUAUUGGAACCCAAGUGCGUUACAAUAAAAGGCCAAAUGAAUGAAGAGCGUAACGCUUUCCGAGACGCUGAUUUUAGGAGAGGACUCAUGCUCAGAUUGGGACAUCCAGAACCAGAACCAGAAGCGGACGCUGACAUAGAAACGCAAGAGCUACCUGUUCCGCUCCGUUCACCUUUACACGGGGUUAACAGGCCCUGUUCUCCCACUUUGGUAGAACGUAACCGUAUGGACGAGCAGCAUCCCAGAAGACGUACACCGAAUCAGGACAGAAAUAACCAAUCGGACUCAUACCCUUCAUCUUCAACAACCGCAGUUAAUUCGUCAUUCUUCUCAGCUUCCUCCAGUGUCCCAGAAAACAGGGAUCUUCACAAUAGCUUGCAUCUCUCUCCUGUGGGAACAUCUCGAACAAUCGUCAUUGACAGUGAUGAAGAAGAUAAUGCUAGGCCUUCUCGAGGUGUCAAUGGCGAUGCUAGUUCCGAGUUUGGUGGCGAAGACUUUCCCGUUGACGGUGAUGAGCUAUGGGCUGCGUUGGAUGCUGUCGAGGCAGAGCAUGAAUUGAAAACCCAGUCCACCCAGAACGCAUCUUCAUCGAAGGGACGAAGUACAUCAACAAGUGAUUAUACGGAUAUUAUCAUGAUCUCUGACGACGAAGAUGACGAUAAGGAGAAUUUUCCUGCACCCACAAGGCGCACGCAGCCUCGAACCGCGAACUCUGAUACACACGACGUAAUCGAACUGUCAGAUUAGCAUUACUUCUUCAGCGCUUUAUCGCGAAGUUGAACCAAGGAAUGGGUCUGAAGAUCGUUGACUGUAGUUAUAUAGUAUAUGGAAGCAUUCAACAUUGAAAGUUACCAAAGCACAUCGAUAAAAAGGAAUAUACUCAGUACAAAGGGCUACGCCACAAGUAGUCCAUUGUAUCAGCCGAGAAUGUUGACUUUGGCUUUCUUCUUCUUCUUCGUGUUCGUGAAGCUCCGCCAACUGUCGACUCGUUGAUCUCGGUUAUCUACGACGUACAAGUGAACAGGGGUGCACGAUGAAACAAAGAGGGGAAC